AUGUCGACGGUGCGGUCUCGUUUGGUGGAUAUCACGAGCCUCACGAUCACAACACUCUUAGUGAUGUCUCUCAUGACCACCACCACCACCCUCAUGUGGAAUGCCGUUCAGAAACCAAAGUACCACGACCUCAGCAUCUCAGGCUCGCGCGUGAUGCAGGUUUACUAUCCGAUUUAUCUACCCUCGCCGAGUUACGAUCCAAACACUCCGUAUUACAUCGAUGACGAACUCGAGGAUAACAUCCAUCCCCCGACGGAGGCGCAGCUGCUGAAAUUGAACCAAAGUUUACUCAAGACGAGCAGGAAAUUCCAACAGCUAAUCGCCUCGGGCGAUCUCCGGUUGAUGCAUCGGAUAUUGGAUCAAAUUGCGCUUUACGUCUCCGGCGAGGUCGACUUCUCGGGGUGUUGGGGUUGGAAUACGAAGAUGAUUUACGUCACCUUCCUUGCGCAGUACACAACGCGGCGCGGGAUGCAAACGGAGGCGGUCUUUUUGGAUGCCAUCAUCCGGGAUGUCAGGCCUCCUUCACUUUUUCCGCGGUUAUUCCGCCGCGUGCUGGAGUACGUCGCGCCGAAAGGGAAGCAUGAUUGGCAGGAAACGGAAAAAGAGCACGACGCGGAGGGCGUCUACAUCGAUCACGUGCACAAAAAAAUCCGAUUUGAUAACGCAACGAAGUAUUACGUGGAGGACUUCCACACGAAUACGCUGAAGAAUGAGGAGGUCAAGAUUGUGAUUCGAUAUCAGGUAGUCGGGCACUUCGGCUGGGAGCCGAUGCGCGAGCUUAACGAGAAGAUUACAUUGCGCCUUGGCAAUCAUAGUUAA